CGUGGGGGCGUAAGCGUGCGGGGCGGACCCUGCCUGCUCUCGGGAGGCGGCAGGUUGUAGUUUUUGUUUUGCCCUCGACCCCUCUGGCUCUGGGUCCCGGGGGCCCAGGAGGAGGACCGGCUACAGCCGCGGUCCCUGAGCGUCUGCGCCCUAGUUUGUCCCGGAGACCGAAAGGAAGGGCUGGGGGUGGACGGUGCUUGGGAAGCCGCUGUGACCAGGCGCGAGGCCAGGGCCAGAGCAUGGGGGCCGGAGUCUCCGGGCCGGGCCCUGCCCCUCGCUGUGUUCUCUGCCGCUGGGCGGGCCUCGAAGCCUUGAACCGGGCCCCCGCCCACGGCCGCCCCGGGUUGGCAGCAGCAUGAGCCGCCCCGUCGUCUAGAGUUGCCUCCGCCUCCUCCAUCCCCAUCACUCCCCACUCCUGGUCCCCGCCCCCGCCCCCCCCCCCCCACCCCCCGCGUCCUGAGGUGAAUGGGAGCCCAGAGCUGAGGCCCGGCACCUGCCCCCCGCCAUGGCUCAGGAGAAGAUGGAGCUGGACCUGGAGCUGCCACCAGGUACUGACGGGGGCGGCUUGCGGAGGUCCAACAGCGCUCCGCUCAUCCAUGGGCUCAGUGAUAAUUCACAAAUAUUCCAGGCUGAUAUGUUAAGAACCAGAAGAAACAGUACUACAUUUUUAAACCGGCACAACCUGCUGCUACCAUCUUCCCCUCUUCGAAUACCUAGUAGCCGGAUCCAUCAGCUCAAACAGGAAGAAGGGAUGGAUAUGCUAAACAGAGAAACUGUGCACGAACGAGAAGUUCAGACUGCAAUGCAAAUAAGCCAGACAUGGGAAGAAAGUCUAACUUUGAAUGAUAACGAUGGAGAGAAGUCAUCAUCCCCAAGGCGUGUUGAUUUUAUUCCAGUUUCUCCUGCUCCUUCACCUACCAGGGGAAUUGGAAAGCAAUGCUAUUCGCCUUCAUUACAGACUUUUGUUGCCAGCAAUGGGAUGCCCCCUAGUCCUAUUCCCAGCCCGACUAGACGUUUUACCACCAGGAGGAGUCAGAGUCCUAUCAACUGUAUCAGACCGAGUGUGCUUGGACCCAUAAAGAGAAAAGGUGAAAUAGAAAAUGAAGAUCAACCAAAGAGAUUUUUUCAAGGAACCAGUAGUAAUCUGCUUUCACCUGAUGUGCCAUCGGCUCCUGAUACAUGUCUGUCUUCAGAUGCUCUUGAUGGAAACCACAGCAGUGCUGGAUCUUCUUGUAACUCACCAGCUAAAGUCAGCACUACCACCGACUCUCCUGUGUCACCCUCUGACUCGGGCUCUCCAUUUAUCUCUGUAGCUGAGCUUUCAUCUAAGUGAUUCAUCACUCCAAGAUUUGUUUUUCUGUUGGAGAGAAAAAUCCAGUUGGAGCAAUAAUAUAGAAUUGUAUCGCGCGAUUUGGGCUAUUUCCUCUCUUAUAUUUUUCCCCUUAGGAAUAUCCAGAAGUAUUGUUAUUCUAGAGAACUUCCACAUCUAGUUCCUGAGGAUAAGCUUAAAUUCAACAUAGUAAUCUUUCGAAAAAUAUCUUCUAAAAAAGUAGUAUGUUGAAGCGAUAAACAUACAUCUUUUAAGCUGCUAAUAUAUAUAUCUAUGUUGCCCCUUGAUUAAUUUUUUUCAAUAAUUGAAAGCGCUGUUUAUUUAUGGGAAUAGUGAGUUCUGAUAAAGUAUAAUUGUUAAAACAGUAUCACAAACUGAUGUUUGAAAAUGACACUUUGUGCCCACACUAGUUCUUAAUAGUUUCAGUAAUUGCUAGCCUUCACUUAAAAAAGAAACAUAACCAAGCUAUCAACAGCUAUUUUUUGAAGUAUGCUUAUUAUAACAUACUAAUCUUAUGAUUGUCUGUUUUACACAGGAAUCCAGAGAUAUUUGCUUUGUUUUGGGAAGAGAAAGGGAUAGUAGAAGGAGGAAAAAAUCCUAAAUGAAUAGCAAAAGCAAAAUGCUUAAUUGGGGCUUUGGGCCAGUAUUCAACUUGUGUUUUAUCUUGAUCAAUUUUAUAUUUAGAUGUGAAGGAAAAGUCAGUGUUGCUUAGUUGUAGCCUUAUGCAUUUUUGUAAAUUCCUUUUUAUUUCUAAUUAUGACUGCUGAUUUGAUUAAAUAUGGUUCCUACAUGUAGUAGAUUUUCUGUCAGACUUACCUACUUUCUUUUACUCCCUAAAUAACUGUAAAUAUAUUUUUUUUAACUCCAACUGUUUUGCUAUCUAAAAAUCUUUUAAGGGAUUAAAAAAAAAUUAGAAAUAGAAUAGCCCUAGCAGAGUGUUAAGUUUUAAAACCUGAAAUAAGUGCUUUAAACAAUUGGGGAUAGUUAGCAUACUGUGUAAAUUUAGAAAGGGAAUUUUCCAAUUUUAAGUAGAGAGUAGAUUGAAAUGGACUUAGUUAAUCAGUUAAGAACAGUCCUUAUAAAACACAUUUCCUUUUCAAAGGAGAUACUAGAGCAGUGAUUUAGCUGUAUUCUCAAAUGGGAAAAGACACAGGUACAGAGGACUGUGUUGCAAAAGCCUUGAAGGCCUUCUCCGUAAGAGAUUGUCUCGGUCUAUGGAUAAAUAUCACCACACACUCCCAAGUAUGCACCAUUCAUCAUGAUCGACUUCUGAGAAGGGAAUAGAAUUCUCCUGAUGAACAGCUGUGAGUCAGUGGGACUGGUGGUAUAAUCUUAGUUACGCUUUAGCUUCUUUAUUCCCUAGAUCUUAGGCUUAUUAGAGAAAGAAAAAGAGGUUAGAGGGAUUUUACUGCGACUGGAUGUGGUAGCAAUUCUGUACCUUAUCCUCAGCUUCCCCCCCCCCAAAAAAAAAGUUGUCAGUCAACAAAGACAGAAAAGGUUCUACAGCAAUGAUGCAUUUGCACAGACUCUGGGUGAGGAUAGUAUGUUCCAAAAGAAAAACCACUGAAGACAGAUGAAGUGAACUUUCAGGGGGAAAACACUGCUAUCAGAAAUCUUGUAUAAAUUCAUAUGCUAAGUAAUACAUUAGUAUGUACUUAUAUAUGUAGGGGGUACCAAUAAUUGGACCCCUCUAGGAAAGGGUUUGCUUUGGUAAUCAUAGCCCUGCUUAACUCAGACAACUGUUCACUCUCUUCAAGUUAGUUUAGACUUCUAUAUCAUAUACUAGAAUAACGUAACUCACUACAGUAUGCUUGGUGUGGCAUUUGUGAAUACUGUUAUUGGCUUUUCAUUCUUGAUUAAUCAUUGCAACUGUUGCCUUUUGAGCUUAUGUAAUGGAAGGAGCUUGUUUUUCUCUCUAUAAAAGACUUUCUUUCCCUCUCUUGGUAUUCAACCCCAAAGAAUUGCUUAACUUUUCCAUGCUGUUUUUGUGGUUGGUUCCUUUUGCGUGUGGUAAGGCUGUAGUUUAUCUUAAACAUGCCAAAGACCUGUCACAUCAUUCUUCUGUAGGGAAGACUGAUUCUGGGGGGUUUGACUUUGCUUGUCUCAUUUUUUCCUGAAUGAGUCUCUUAUUGUCUAACCUAGAACUCAUCUUAAAAGAUGCAAGAACAAGAGCUAGUUGUGCUGUGUAUGUGUUGCUGUGUCCUCUUUCUGUUGUAUUUAUGCUAGUUUUCAAAAUGCUAAUAAAAAUUAAAAUGAAAGAGAAA